AUGAGCCUCGACACUGUCGGGACUCUGCUGGCUGCCAUUGCGAAUCUACUCACUGAAGGUCUCCAAAUCCUGGCCCAGACUGAUACCCACCUGUGGGGCCCCGACGAACACGAGCAGGUGCGCGCCUUCGAGGACGCCCUCGACGAAGCGAAGAAGGACUUUCAAGAGCUAUCGCCAUUGGUGAAAGGCCAGCUGUACUAUCAGAACGAUCGUAAACGCGAAUCACUCGACGAACUGAGAGCUUUGCGCGCGAAAUUCGAGACACACAUUCAAAGCUUCCGAGACUGGGGGAAUGCAGGCGGUCCAAUAAAUCCCCUAUGGCUGAAUGACACGAAACUUUUACGGAGAGAAUUACACCGAGCUCAGUGCAAAGCCGUCGGGAGGAUAUUCGCCCUCGAACAGGAAUCCGAGCCCCGAUGUCUCGGCGCAUUCCUCGUAUACCGAAAACAGCGCGCCUGGGCGAACCAACCCUGCAACCAGCUGGAGGAGUACAAGCGGCGUCAGCUCGAGGAGCUGAUGACGUGUAAUAGCGUCGGCAAGUUUGAGCGUUUCGGCGAACAGGACAUCGCCUUCGUGUGCGACUUUUGCGACGGAUACAUGGUGUGGGAGGAUCUCGAGAGCAUGCCGUCCAUACGCACCGUCGACGAGACGGUCACCGCAUCCGGUACCAGGACGCCGCCGUUACCGCCUACCCUCGGAGCUGAACAUUGGCAGGCCACAGGAUUUGCUGUCACGACGAGGGAGGAGAAGAGUAUCGUCUUCGCGCCGUUGGCCGUCGGUAACCAUCUUCCGCCUGACGCGGGGGAGUGGGAGUCUCGCAUCAUAUGCCCUGUCUGCAAUGACGAGUACGUCCUUGCGCAGGGAGAUGACGAGAUGGAGCAAAUACGGUACGACGAGAGAUCCUACGCCAACCUCGCUGCUUUCCAGGCGCACAUGGAGUGGCAGCACACCUCUUACCCUGUACCGACGAUACCCUUGCCUGCGCUGCCAUCGCCGAAAAGCAACUGUAGAAUUAUGUAA